UUGCUGCAUCAUCCCAGUGCUUUCAUGAAUGUCCACGAUGGCUGCCAAUCUUUUCUCCUGGGUUUUUCGCCCGAACCAAACCUCUCCCACAAUGGCUGAACCAUCUCAGCGUACGUUGUGGUGUGCUUUCUUUGACGACCUUCAGAGACCGUUCUCUGUAGAUUGUGCUCUCGGUAUUGACUCUGUCGAUAGAGUCAAAGAGAAGAUUUGGAUUAAAAACCAGAACAAGAUUGGUCAAAUCGACUAUUGUGAUCUCGAUCUCUACAGCCCUGUCGGCCCACUCAAAGAUGGCUUUGCAAAGGAGAAUCUUGCACAUCUCCAUCCGCGCAAACGAAUCUUACCCGACUUCCCUCGAUCCGAUGAUCCAGACAUUGAUAUUAUUAUUAUACGACCAGAAGAACAUCAGCAUUCUCUCGCUACCAGAGUAUCAAAACUUGCGGAAGUCAUUGAUUCACAAAACAUCGUCCACGUACGUGGUACCCCAGCAAGUGGAAAGUCAACACUUUCUCUUCUGUUGAGGGACUAUUAUCGCUGGAAUGGAAGAAUAGUUUUCUGGCUUGGGAUAUGGGAACAAAAUCUUCGGGACUUUGGUGAUGAGGACCCUUGGGCGAAUCUGGCUCGAUAUAUCAGGCGCAACUACCCGAGGCUUGAUAAGAAACAGAAUAUAUUUGCCAAUGGUAAUAUGAUCAUCAUCGAUGAAGCACAAACAUCAUAUGGGGACACUGCAUUAUGGAAUCAAAUUAUUAAAGAUAUCCAUGGUGGGAUCGGAUAUAAGGUAAAGCUGUGUCUUUUCUGUUCAUAUGGCAGCCCGUCAGAAGGCCUACCAUAUAACAGGAGGGAUCACGGCACACCUGUGGGCUUUGGUUGCGCUCAACGCAUUUCAUUGACUCCAUCAGGAGAGCUUGGGUCACCACCAAUAGGCCUCUUCUACAAUAGGGACGAAUUUGAAAUAGUCGUGACGAAAUUAUGUUCUUCCGAUCCUGUUGAAAAGUAUAUCAUCGACAAUGACGCUCGAAACUAUAUAUUCAAUUUCACGAAUGGUCAUCCCGGGGCUGUGAGCUCAAUAGUAUACUAUCUUUUCCAGGUCUUUAGUGGUCUUGAUGGAUUUGCUGUCUCUCGAUCUUUUCCUCGUCCAAGGAAACUUACAUCAGAAGCUAAGAAUACACUGAUCACAAUAAUAGAAGAUGGAUAUAUUCUAUUUGAUGAAUCAGUUGAUAGUAUUAGAUGCUGUUAUGAAAAUGGCUGGAUUCAAAGAGCAGUUCUAGAGGAUGACGCUCAACAGCCAAAUGGUGUUGGUGUUCUGCCAUCACGUUUACAUGAGAAAUAUGUUGAGUACCUUAUUGCUAAGCGACCAACAACGUUCCCAGACGAGGCCUUUCCUACGAUUGAAAGCUUAUGUCAGAAGGUCCUUGAGCACUUCUCCUCAAAGAAUCUUAGGCAUUGUCUGGAAGGCAAAUUGUCAACUGCGGCAAAGCUUCGACCAGUGGAGGCGCAGUAUCAGGAUGAAUUCUACAGGGCUUUCAACGCUGUAGUAGGUCGAGGUGUGCCAAUAUCCAGUGAAUGGUCCCGGGAGGGUGAUGGCCGAGUCGACUUCUGGAUUCCACAAAAGAAAUGGGGGAUCGAGCUACUUAGAGAUCACAAUCGAGUUAACGAACAUUGUGAUCGAUUUAAGAAGGGUGGACGAUAUUACCCAUGGAUUGAAGCUGGCAUGCUCGAGGAUUGGAUAGUAAUUGACUGUGCCACAUCUUCGCCUAGUAGUGAGCAUUCAGAACGGAAACUCUGGCGCGCUGUCUUUGAAAAUGAUUACUCCCAGUUGAUGUUGUUUGAUUAUAGAAAUAACUGUCUGAUGGGCCCUACUGUCUUAGUCAAUUGAGAGUUGAUGGCAUAACUAUGGAGAGUUGUUAUUCUGCUUUAGGUGCGUCAUUUUUAUGUUUGGUAUUGUUCUAUAUUUGGUCUUUCUGCGCGACACCAAGCCGUGAGAAAG